AUGUGGAUUCUACCGCUCAUCGGCUAUGCCGGGGCUGUUGUCGGCUUCUGCUUCCUCACGCUGGCCAUCGCCUCCGGGCUCUACUACCUGUCGGAGCUCGUCGAGGAGCACACCGUCAUGGCCAAGCGCCUGUUGACCCGCCUCAUCUACACCGUCAUCGGCCUGCAGCUGGCCCUGUGGCUCUUUGACGGCUUUCCCUUUUGGUCCACGCUGCUCGGCAUCGCCGCCCACCUCGUCUACCUGGGCAACAUGAGGCGCUUCCCCUUUGUCAAGCUCUCGGAUCCGCUCUUCCUCGUCGCCUGCGUCCUUGUACUCCUCGACCACUACGUCUGGUUCAAGCACUUCUCCCACAGCCAGAUGCAUGCCCACCAGCGGUCAUCCUACUACGAUCAAGUCGACACGCCCACAUUUACCAUGAUUGCCUCGUACUUUGGUUUGUGCGUCUGGCUCGUCCCCUUUGCCCUCUUUGUCAGCUUGUCUGCCGGCGACAAUGUGCUGCCAACCAUGGGGACGGAGCCAGUGCGUGGGAGCGAUGGCAAGAACAAGCAUCAGGGCAUGGUCAAGGCUCUCGUGGACUACGUCCGUGGUGCGAUUGGAGAGAUUGCCGGCUCGGCAGGCAUGGGUCAUCCAUGA